AUGGGCAGAAACGGAACUGGUCCGAUGAUCAGGAUGUCAUCCGCCAGCACCCAUGCCGCCGGAGGUAUCGGGUGUUGCUUUUGCAGAUGUUGCACGUGCAUACACGUGGAAUUCCUCAAGACUACGCCCGGAAUUCUGAAGCUCUGCGAAGCGGUAAUCAGUGGCUUGAUACAGAGCUUGUUAAUUAACUACGGUUUGAGGCACAGCACAACGAUCGGCUCGGCUUUCGAAGGAUCUCUGACCACGUCUUCGGCUUGUUUCCUGACGUCGGCGGUGUUGCUGGCCUGCUACAUCGUAUCUGAAAAAUCGUACAAAUUAAUCAGAUCGUCGCUUUUCGAAAUGAUGUUCAACGCUUUAGCAUCGUUCUUGUACUUGAGUUCGGCAUCGUAUUUGGCGUUCUCCACAAAGAUUUUCCUCUUACCGGAAUAUCACUUAAGACCAGGUUUUGAUGUAUAUCCUGCAAUGACAGCCGCCUAUAUGAUGAGCGGAUUCGUUGGAGUGUUACACGGGGCGGACGCGUACUUCUCCUACGUGCAUUACAGAACCGGAAGAUGAAUCGAAAUUUCAGGUCUGCGAAAACGUUUGGAGGGCGAUUUAAGCAGAUGCAAGGAGAAGUACACGAAGUAAGUGAAUAAUGCAGUACAUAACGUAUUUAAUUUCUUGGU